UGAAGUUGUCGUCUUCGAAGCACAUUCGGACUGUCACGCUGGAGUUCAUUUUCAUGCGCAUUCAAAAGCAAGUGGAGCCUUUGACAAAAUGUUGGGAUGUCACCGGCUGCACUUUCAUCACGGACGGGUCUAACGAUCGGAGGGAGCGGCCUGUCAUGAACUUCUUAGCGGUGGGGGAGCAGGGAGCUGUUCUGGUGGCGACGGUGUACAUGGACGGCAAGAAGAAGACGGGAGCGGCGUUGGCGAAACCGUGGGAGAAAAUAAUGAGGGAGAUUGGGCUGCAUCGCAUCAACGCGAUAUGCACUGACAACGCGGAGGUGAACAAGAGAGCAGCUCAAAUUUUGGAACGGCGCACGGACCCUGCGGUUGCAAGGAUACCUUGGGUUCCUUGCGCUGCACAUUGCUGCAGCUUGCUGCUAAGGGACAUCAGCAAGUUGGACUGGGUGAAGGGCACGGUGAAGCGGGGCCACACCAUCGUCAAAUUCAUCAGGAAUCACCACACGACUAACAGUUUCAUGAUGAGUUUGGACUCAUCAUUGACGUUGUUGCAACCGACCGAGGUCCGUUUCGGGUCAGUGUACCGGAUGCUGGAGCGGAUACACAACCGGAGGGCAGUUUUGAAGGACAUGGUGGACUCGAUGAAUGUGGGGAAAUGGAAGGCGAUGCGGUGGUCGAGCGCGAAGCUGCAAGCGAAAGCGGAUCUCGUGUACUUCACACUGCAGAGGGAUGCUUGGUGGACGGAGCUAAGGAAGGUGGUGGAGAUGAUGGAGCCGUUGUAUCUCCUACUGCGGAGGAUGGACAAGGACGGGACAGCACCGUCAAACCUUGUGGAGUACGACCGACUCAUGGAGAGGAUGCUGGCGGAGGUUGUGCUGACACCGGAGCAGCGAAGUUCGGUGCUGGAGAAGGUGAGGGACCGCAUGAAGAUGAUGCGGCAACCAGUGCACGCGCUGGCUUUUCUUCUCGACCCGCGGAGGAGAGAUCCGAAGUGGUUGCUGGACCGGGACAGCGCACUUGUGCAGAACGCACUGUGUUAUUUGCAGAGGCAAAUUGGCGCACCUCGGAAGCCCAAGGCGCACGUGGAUAUAAUGAAAGACCUGCGCGAGUUCCACAAGCGACCCACCGCAUAUGACCCCAAGCGGAAGGACAAGAAGAUGUGGGAGCCGGAUGCGGUCGAGGAUGCUGAUAUUAUCUUGCCGUCGGAGUGGUGGGCAACAUAUGGUGGCGAUGUGCCGAAGUUGCAGGCCAUCGCUAUCAAAGUGAUGGGCAUGUGGAGCACUGCAACUCCGGCGGAGCGUAAUUGGUCGUCGAUGGACUUGGUCCACUCCAAGCGACGGAAUCGGUUGAAGCCCGCGACCGUGGAGAAGCUUGUGUACAUUCAUUGGAAUAUGAAUCUGUUGCGGGCGAGCAAAAACUUUAAGGACCAUCACUACGUCGAUUUGUGGGCGGAGUUCUUCGAGUCUCUUCCGGAUGCGGAGGAGGGCGAUGAUCCUCUUUUGGCGGUGCCCGAGGAGAAGAAGGGGAAAACGGAGGAGGAACAGGCCUGGGAACGGGCCUUAACCAAGUUAACAAAGGGCCGGAUUCCGAAGAACCUCGAAGAUGAUAAAGAGGAGCACACGGACGACAGCGACCUGGAGGACGAGAUAUGGGAGGGAAAGGCUCCAUGGUCGGAAUCGUCUAGCGAAGGGGAGGCAGACGACGGGUCCAGCGAUGACUUUGAGCUAGGAGCGCAGCCCACAAUCCCGGGCACCACAUAUACGGACACCGACAUUGACAUGGUGCUUCGCCCUGGUCCGAUCGACGCGGAUGAGGCGGAGGCCGAUCGUGCGAAGGCAAUGGCUGAUGCGGAUCGCGAACGGGUGCAAAGGAGAAUGAGAGAGGAGGAGGAGCGGCGAGCAGCUGUACCAACCCGUAGAGAAAUGCAGAAACAAAAGAAGAAGGUUGGAGAGCAUGAACCAGAGCCUGCGCGGGAGAUGGGGCAGCACGAGGAGGAGGAAGAGGAGGAGAUGGGCCAGCAAGACGAGGUGGAAGAGGAGGAGAUGGGCCAGCAAGACAAGGAGGAAGAACACGAGAUGGUCCACCUGGCACAGGAAGAAGAAGAGAUGGAGGAGGAAGAAGAAGAGGCUUGCAUGGAGCAGCGAGAGGAGGAGAUGGAACAAGACGAAGGGAAGGGCACGGACCAACCAGAAGAGGGGUUGGAGGACCAACAUGCGGAACGGGUGGGAGAGAGCAAGGAGGAGCAGCAGCACGACGAGAUGGCGCAUCGCGAGGAGGAGCCGCAACAGCAACAGCAUGCACCGACGACCGUGUACAAGCGUCAGAAGAAAACAGCGGAGCCUGCCGGGUCGCCGGAGAAUUCCCCCGAAUUCCCAGACAACUUAGAGGGGAGCCAACAGGACAACCUGUGGGUCAGCAAGGUUGGGAGGAAGAGGAAGGCCCCCCCUGUCGACGAUGUGCCGAGGCCGAAACUUCCACGUGGCAAGCCUCGGAAGAACAAGACUGCCAAUCCGGCUAUGAAGCCGAAAAAAAAAAAACGGAAGUGCAAGCCUUGCACAAAGAUUGUCGAGGACGACCCCGAUUCUGACAACUGCAGCAAGCAGUUCGUCGAAGACGAGGGUUGCACUGAUGACCGACAUUGGCCCGUCAUGGACCAGAGGUCCGGAGAAGCAGACGAGGCCUAUCAGGCCCAGAUGCUGGCUUGGAGUACCGAAACAAAGAAGCGGGCAGAUGAUGCGGCAGCAGCAGCAAAGAAGAAGGCAGAGGAUGCCGAACAGGCACGAUGGCUGACCGAGGCCGAGAAUGGCAGGUUGGAGGAUUGUGAAAACAAGAUUGCUCUCCUCCUCUCGCAUCUCACAGACCUCCUGGCAACCUGCAUUACACAGCAGGAGGAUAUCCACAGCCUCGACGACUUGCUAGCUCAAGUCCAAGGCCGCCUUCAGCAGCUGGAGCAGCGACCUGUCGCCGCACCCGAUGCAAGCUCUUCCAAUACCUCCGAUCGCCUCGAAGCAUUGGAGAUGCACGUCGGCUCCCUCCAGGACGGUGCACAGUUACAGCAGACCGCGACGCAACAGUUGCAGCAGCGGAUUUGUACCACCGCCAAUACCUCGAGUUCAGAGCCGCGCGAGACAGCUCCAAAGUUUGACGGGCAGGAGAUCUUCUGCGACUCGAUCAAGACAGAUCCGAUUCCAUGGUUCCGCAAGUUCGAGCUCACGCUGCAACUACACAACGUCAAAGAACACAAGCACCACGCAUACUUGUACUCUCGCUCAAGGGGCGCGUGCCUCUUGUCCAAGUACGGAGUGGUAGCUGUCGACUUGCACACCAAGAUCAGUUGGGAUGAUCUAAAGGCGGCGUGGCACAAGCGGUUCCAGGUUGAGCCGCCGGAGAUCAAGGCUAUGGACAAGCUCAUGGUCUUCGAACAAGGCACGCUACCGAGUACCGACUGGAUCGCCGAGUACCAACGCUUGACGUCAGUCCCAGACAUCGAGAUAGGCUUCAAAGCCAUCCGCCAUUACUUCAUCUCAAGGUCCUUUCCGACAUUAACUAAUGCCCUGACUCACGUCGAGGACACCUUGACGACAACGGCGGAACUUUUUGACAAGGCCGCGCAGAUCAUCAUUACGAACAAGGAGGCGAAGAAUCUGCGUUCGUCUGCGACAGGCCCGAGCAGGGACCAGCAUCGGCCAAGAGUGGUUGUGGUCGCAGCGGCAACGCCGUUUGAGCAAACCAGCGAGGCUGUGUCUACCAGUGAAGGGGACAGACUCGCAGCCGCCCGGGAAGGUGGCCGCCCCGGCAGAGGCCGAGGACGCGGCAAGACGAAGACACACACAGCAUCUAGCCCCGGGCCCGGUGCAGCAGCUCCAGCAGCCCCAUGGACCCAAUACGACAUCUCCGAGCUAGCAUUCAAGGCGGGCACGAGAUUCCACUAUUGCCUAUGCAGCGGCGACAUGUCGUCUUCAAGUGGUUCUUCAAGGGAAUCGACGCGCGAGUUCAACAUAGAGGUAUUGGACCCGCUCACGUCCGAGGACUUUGCAUGGCUUCCUCUCCCGACCACAGGCCGUUUGUCGAGACCGCAAUGCGCAACACUAUCCUUCUAUGCACCACCAACUUUGCCGACGGAUGACGAAGUCGCGGUGGGGGACAUCCUGUCGUAUACUACCAAGGUGGCCCGUGAGUUUUGCACGCAGCGGUACGAUGACAACAACGCACUGCUCAUGUAUGUCCGCAUUCAAGUUGGGCAAGCAUCCUGCAGCGCUUUGCUGGAUAGCGACGCGUCUCGCAAUUUCAUGAGCCAAUCCUUUCUGCAAAGGGCUGGCCUUGGCACACAAGUUCGGAGGAAGGCAAACCCGACGGCGAUCAAGUUGGCGGAUGGGAAAACGCAACAACUUCUCGACCGAUACAUCGAGGUCGUACAGGUUUAUUUCGCACCUCGUGCAUGCGAACCGGUGACAUUCGAUAUUCUCGACACGGACUUCGACAUCAUUCUGGGAAUGCCUUGGCUUGCAAGUGCGGAUCGCACGGUCAACUUCCACCGGCGGACUCUUAGUGUUCGCGAUGCCUUCGGCGCGGAAGUGGCGUGUACUAUUCCUCUACCUCACCCUUCGAUCCGGUGCCAAGUGGUGACGGCCAAAUCAUUCCGGGCGACUUGCACUUACGAGCAGCCCAAGGAAAUCGGCCUAUGUUUCCUACGGACGGUCACGGUAGCCGACGCUUCACCCACGGACUUGUCUUCGGACCCCCGGGUGGUGCGGUUGCUGGACGAGUUCACCGACAUCUUCGAGUCACCUAUCGGUGUGGUGCCGGAUCGACCGAUCUCUCACGAGAUCAUUCUUGAGGCCGGUGUCGUGCCACCGAAAGGUUGCAUCUAUCACAUGAGCGAGGAGGAGCUUGAGGUCCUUUGCGCACAACUCGACAAUUUGUUGACCAAGGGUUGGAUCCGCCCUAGCAGCUCCCCAUAUGGAGCACCGGUUCUCUUCGUCCGGAAGAAGAACAAAGAUCUACGAUUGUGUAUCGACUACCGCAAGCUCAAUGCGCAAACCGUCAAGAAUGCGGGGCCUCUUCCUCGCAUCGACGACCUUCUUGAGCGACUGGGCGGCGCAAAGUAUUUUUCUAAGUUGGAUUUGAAAUCGGGAUAUCAUCAAAUCUCGAUCCGGCCGAGCGAUCGCUACAAGUCCGCGUUCAAGACGCGGUACGGGCAUUUUGAGUGGGUGGUCAUGCGUUUUGGCCUCACCAACGCCCUGGCGACCUUUCAAGCGGCAAUGACCAAUGAGAACCGUGCAAUGUUGGACCGGUUCGUGCUGGUCUACUUAGACGAUAUUCUCGUCUAUGGCCGGUCAUUGGAGGAUCAUCUUGGACAUCUUCGACGAGUGUUGGAGACGCUCCGCCGCGCCAAGUACAAGGCCAACCGCGACAAGUGUGAAUUUGUCCGGCAAGAGCUGGAAUACUUGGGCCAUUUUGUCACACCGGAGGGCAUCAGUCCGCUAUCGAAGAAGAUCCAAGCCAUCCAAGAGUGGUUGGAGCCUCGGAACGUCACGGAUCUCCGCUCGUUUCUUGGUCCCGCCGGCUACUAUCAGCGUUUCAUCAAAGGUUACUCGAAGAUCGCGGCCCACUUGACCAAGCUUCAAUGCGAGGAUCGGUCGUUUGACUUCGGAGAGGAGGCGUGGGAAUCAUUUUUGGCUCUCAAAGCCGCGCUAUUAUCUGCGGAGGUCUUGCGGAUAUACGACCCGCUUUUGCCUACGCGCGUCACUACGGAUGCGUCAGGCUAUGACAUUGGUGCAAUCCUUGAGCAACAUGAUGUUGUGGACUGGCACCCGGUCAAGUAUUUCAGCAAAAAAGUGUCCGUCGUGCAUUCCAUUGACGAUGCACGCAAGGAGCUCCUCGCCUUCGUCCACGUGCUCAAGCGGUGGCGGCACUUCCUCCUCGGUCGAAGCCAAUUUCGAUGGGUAACGGACAACAACCCGUUGGUCUUCUAUAAGACCCAAGACACUGUCAACAACACCAUUGCUCGAUGGAUGGCUUUCAUCGACCAGUUCGACUUCUUUCCCGAUCACAUUCCCACGAAGUCGAACCGUUUUGCGGAUGCUCUUUCACGGCGUCCGGAUCUUUGUACCGCGGUCUACUCAACCUUCGAGAUCGACGAUGACCUGCGGAACAGCUUCAUCCGCGGCUACCAAGCCGACCGCGAGUUUCGCGACAAGUACGCGAAUUGCUCCUCUCCUGAUUCGGCGCCGUCUCACUACCGGAUCCAAGAGGGGUACUUGCUUGUCCACACGCGGGGGAAGGACCUUCUUUGUGUACCGAGUGAUCCUCACUUGCGUACACGGCUUCUUGGCGAGUUCCACGAUGCUCCCGCCACCGGACACUUUGGAGUCAAUCGCACGAUUGGCCGACUUCGCCAGCGAUUUUGGUGGCCCGGCCUUCUCGGCGACGUCACGUGCUAUUGCGAGUCAUGCGAGGUUUGCCGCCGCUGCAAAUCCCGCAACCAUCGUCCGUACGGCGAGUUACGACCAUUACCGGUCCCGCUGAGGCGAAGGGAAGCGAUUGCCAUGGACAUUACUGGCCCGUUCCCCAAGCACAAGACCGGAGUGGAUGGGAUUCUCACGGUGGUCGACCGACUCACCAAGUUCGCCAUGUUCUUGCCUUGUCCCUAUCAUGCCAAGGCACCAGAGUUGGCCGAGGUUCUUUACGCAGGUUGGAUUCGAACCAAGGGUUACCCCAAGGAGAUCGUCUGCGACCGCGACACCCGGUUCAUGUCCGAUUUUUGGUUGGCGCUUAUCAAGCGAUGGGGCUCAUCUCUCAAGCCCAGUUCAGCUCGCCACCCUCAGACCGAUGGCCAAACGGAGAGGGCGCAACAGACCGCACAGGUUCUCCUUCGCACUCUCAUUCGUCUGGAACAGGACAACUGGGUUGAGCUGUUGCCGGAUGUCGAGUUGGCCUACAACUCUUCCAUCCACCUGGCUAUCAGGAUAUCGCCUUUCGAGUUCGAGCACGGCUCGCCGGUCACGUCACUGUUGGACACUAUUACUCCACGAACGGCCGAGAACGACGACCAUCUUUUUUUCUUGUGUCGGAUGCAAGAGCUUCUUGUCAAGGCACGCGAUCCCAUUUCGCGCAGGCGACCUCGUGUGGGUUUCCGCAGCGAAAUUCAGCCUUGAACAAGACAUCUCUCGCAAGCUCCUCCCGAAUUGGAUGGGGCCUUGGCCGAUCGUGGCACCCGCUAGG